UGGUGGCGGAAGACCGAGACCUGCUGGAGGCCAUCACCAUGCCUUUCACGGACCCCUCAACCCAGUACUUCGUUACGGGCUUCGAUGGCUUCCCCGCGUUCGGGUUCAGGGCGGGUGCCAACAUCAAGCAUCCCUUCAGGCUGUUCCUGCCUGAGCGUAUGCAUCGAAACUUCGCUAUCCUAGCGGCCAUCAAGCCUGACGUGAACGAAGCAAUGUACCUGUUCGCGGUUACCAACCCCCUGGAGACUGUGGUGCAGUUGGGAGUGUCCCUGAGUCCAGGGGAGACGGGCUCGACGAACAUCUCCCUCCUGUACACCGACUCUGAGCGACACAUGACAUCCCAAACCAUCGCCUCCUUCCUAGUGCCCGACUUCACCAGGAAGUGGACGCGACUGGCGUUCAAAGUAACAGACGAGGAGGUACAACUGUACUUCAACUGCCAGCUGUACAACGGGCUGAUGGUGAAGCGAGUGCCUGAGGAGAUCGUCUUCGACCCCGGCAGCACCUUGUACAUAGGCCAGGCUGGCGGCAUCAUCAAGGGACACUUCGAGGGGGCGCUGCAGGAGCUCAGGCUUACCAACCUACCCGCCCUGGUCGAGGUUCACUGCGACGACUCUUCAAAAGUUCCGUACCUGCCUCUUGAGCCGUACCUGCCUCUUGAGCCGUACCUGCCUCUUGAGCCGUACCUGCCUCUUGAGCCGUACCUGCCUCUUGAGCCGUACCUGCUUCCUGAGCCGUACCUGCUUCCUGAGCCGUGCCCGUGUCCUGAGCCGUGCCUGCUCCCUGGACCCUUAGGAAACGAAGACGCAGGUCGUGGUUUUGACGUUUGUGAGGCAGUCGAGCUCGACGCUGUGGUGAGCGGAUCAAAGGAUUGGUGGCAGUGCGAGUCUUGCAUGCACUACCACCACGCGCUGCCCACCGCUGCCGUGCAUCUUGAUUUCUCGUAA